AUGGAUUAUCUAUACAAUUACACCGACUCUCCAAGCAACGGGACCAACGGCUCGGACACCAGUAACGGAACGCUAUACUGGAACCAGUUUGUGCAGCCAGCCUGGAGAAUCGUGCUUUGGGCAACGGCGUACAGUUGCAUAGUUGUCGUGUCUGUGGUGGGGAAUAUCAUAGUGAUAUGGAUUAUAAUGGCGCACAAGCGCAUGAGAACCGUCACCAACUAUUUUCUGCUCAACUUGGCCUUCGCAGAAGCGUCGAUGUCCGCCUUCAACACCGUCAUCAACUUCGUCUACGCCGUGCGCAACGAGUGGUACUUUGGACUCGAGUACUGCCGUUUCCACAACUUCUUCCCCAUCGCGGCUGUGUUCGCCAGCAUCUACUCAAUGACAGCCAUAGCGCUGGACAGGUACAUGGCCAUUAUUCACCCCUUGCGGCAACGCAUGUCGUCCACAGAGACCAAGGUUCUGGUGGGGGUGAUCUGGGUGCUCGCUAUGCUCCUGGCGUUCCCCCAGUACUACUACUCCAACACCGACCAGCUCCCUGGACGUGUGGUCUGCUACAUUGACUGGCCCGAGUACACCAGCUAUGACUUCAAAAAGAUAUACUGUGUGAGCGUGGCCAUCCUGGUUUACUUCCUGCCUCUGUUGGUGAUGGGCUGGGCGUACCUUGUGGUGGGACUGACGCUAUGGGCCAGCGAGAUCCCCGGAGACUCCUCGGACCGCUACGCAGACCAGCUGACAGCCAAGCGCAAAGUGGUGAAGAUGAUGAUCGUGGUGGUCUGCACCUUCGCCUUCUGCUGGCUGCCCUACCAUGUCUACUUCCUGCUCCAUGAGUUCUUUCCUGAGAUAUCUGAGCAGACCUUCAUCCAACAGAUGUACCUGGCUGUCAUGUGGCUGGCCAUGAGCUCCACCAUGUACAACCCCAUCAUCUACUGCUGCCUUAAUGACAGGUUCCGUGCUGGUUUUAAGCAAGCUUUCUGCUGCUGCCCCUGUGUCACUCAAGGCUCUUACGAGGGCCUGGAGCUGAAGACCACCCGCUACCUUCACACCCAGACCAGCGUGUAUAAGGCCAGCCGCAUGGAGACCACCAUGUCCACUGCUCUCCAAGGAGGCGACGACAUGGAGCAGAGCAAGACGGGAGCCACGGCUCUGCCGGGGGCCGGGGCAGGAGCUGGAGGAGCCCGGACGAGGGGCAGAAGCACUGGGCUGUGCACCACUCCUCAUCACUCCUCCCUGGACCUCACCUCCAACGGAUCCUCAUCCCGGAGCAUCUCCAAGACCGUGUCCGAGACAUCCAGUUUCUACUCCAGCAACAACCUGCAGGAAUAG